AUGGCUUCCCUUGCACAGCCGUGGCUAAUUUCCAAGAUUUUCGACCCUAUCUUUGCGGUGUGUGUCGGCUUGUCUGCGGCCACGCUACGUAUCCAGCGAGAACAACGUGAGAAAUACCCCGACCAGGAUUCCAGCCUGGCGGCACUCUGGCAGAAAAGUGUCAGGAUGACGCGCAGAUACUUCAGCGACGGGAUCAAGACGGGCAAGUAA